AUGACUUUUAUCAAGGCAGCUUUCAUACUGCUCCUUGUCACGUCCCUUGUUCAUGGAGUCCCGCACUUCCCCAGAACAACGCAAUCGCGAAACCAGCAAUGCGUGAUCCCUUCAAAGUACAACGCCUCCAAUGGAACGGCCGAUGACUCGCCUGCAGUCGCUCAAGCCUUCGCGCAAUGUGCGACUGACUCCGUUAUUAUUUUCGAAGAGGGCGUCAACUACAACAUUUUCUAUCCCAUCGCAGCCACCAACCUCAGUAAUGUGGAAAUCCGAAUGCACGGCAACCUACACUUACCACAGAACAUUACUGCUGUACAAAACAUUGUCAACAAUGGUCAUUCGAUAUGGUUUACCUUUGAAGGCCCCCGAGUGGACUGGAUUGGUCCUGAAAACGUGAAUAAUGGCUGGAUCGAAUCGUACGGACAGGCCUGGUGGGAUGCAAACCCUCCAAAUGGCACUGGAAUCGAUGGACGUCCACAUCUCCUGAGCCUGAAGACAAGCCAAGCCACCGUGGAGUAUUUCCGGUCUAAAAAGCCGAUCGCGUGGAACUUUAAGCUGUAUGGGCAAGACAUUACAGUCAGCCAUGCCAUCAUCGACGCUACCUCGACAGGCAAUUUCCCAUUCAACACGGAUGGCUUUGAUGUCAAGGGCACAAAUAUCCAGAUAACUGACAGUGUCGUAUACAACGGCGAUGAUGCGAUUGCAGUAUCGUCGGGAUCGCACGACAUCCUAUUCACGAGAAACACCAUCGGGUACCAGACUCACGGCAUGAGCAUUGGUUCGCUGGGAGAGGAUUCCUCCGACUUUGCUAAUGUCACCAACAUUCGCUUCGAAGACGUAACUGUUAUUGAUGGUCUCUACGCGGCGCGCUUCAAGUCAUGGAGCGGAGGGCAAGGACUCGUCAGAAACGUGACCUGGACUAACAUUCGAGCCUACAAUGUGACGUUCCCGAUCUAUAUCACUCAGAGCUAUACGGACCAAGGGGCAUCCAGUUCUAGCAAGGUCAAUGCUAGUUCAGCCGUGGUAAUGGAAGACUUCACAUGGUCUGACUUUUCUGGUUCGAUCAAUACAUACCAGCCUGGCGAUGGCUCUUGCGCCUCGGACCCGUGCUGGUACAAUGUUGGACUGCCCAACUUGAAGCAUACUGAAGCCCUCAUCCUGGAGUGCCAUACGACUCAGUCCUGUGCAAACUUUGUAACGGACAAUCUCCAGCUAUACCCGCAAAGCCUGGAGCCGGCGAGUGUGAUUUGCAUGAAUGCAACAGCAACCCUUAACCCCGAGCUCGGAUUUGACUGUAGAAAUGGGACCUACGAUCUAUUAUCGAAUUGA